AUGAUGAUGAAUAUCAAUUCGUCAGGUCCUGACGUGAACGGCGUCUUCGCCGGCCACACGGCCCUCCAAGCCGCCAGCCAGAACGGCCACCUCGACGUCAUCGGCGCCCUCCUGCGGUGCCGCGCCGACGUCGAAAUCGAGGACAAAGAUGGCGACAGGGCCGUCCACCACGCCGCCUUCGGGGACGAGCCGGCCGUCGUGCAGCUGUUGGCUCGCGCCGGUGCAGAUCUCAACGCGCGCAACAAACGCCGCCAGACGGCGCUGCACAUCGGCGUUAAUAAGGGGCAUGUGGGGGUGGUAGCUGAUUUAUCUGUGUAUUUUCCGAGUCCAUCGCCUCAUUAUUCCCGGCUGGAUGUUAUGCACAGUUUGCGUCUACUCCUGCAUUCCCCGUCGCAGCAGCAGAGGAUGACGACGGGGCAGGGUAGGCAACCCGUUGCACGACAACGCACCGUUGCACGGCUGACGUAUGGAGACGACGACGCGCUGGCUUCCCUUUUUCCAGCAAAACGAUCGAGACGCUAUGGCAUUUAA